GAAUAAAGUAUGCAGUUAUAACAUGCGUUUUCUCCAUUCCUUAAUUUUUAUAUAUAUAUAUACACACAUACAUAUUUGCAUAUACAUACAUAUAUAUAUUGAUAUAUACAUACAUAUAUAUUGAUAUGCACAUACAUGUACGUACACACACACACACACACAUUCACAUCCAUUCGUAGAUUCUUUCUAGCAAAGAUUUAUCAUUCAAAUGAACAGAAGAAAAAUCAUUGCUAGCUUUAGUGCAAGUUGUACAGAUUUGAUAAUAACAUAAAUAACAUACAAUAAUGUAAAUCUUCCAUAUUUAUAUGCAUUUUUAUCAUUAAAAUUUAUGUUAACUAAAAGCUAUAAUAAUUAGGUACGCUCCUACUAAGAGCUAAGUUUAUGUUACCUAAUAUCAGUAUUUAACUUUUGUCAUAUGAUUAAAGUUUUAUGCCCCUGCUAGAAUUGAUUAUAAGGAUUCAUAUUAAAUACCAUUUACAGUAAAAUAGAAAUUUAUUUGUGGCCAAUAUAUUUGCCAACAUGAGAAUACUGCAUGUGUUCUUUAUGGCUGAAUGGUCAAGAAGAUCCCUUCACUAUCAUAAGGUCUUAGGUACAGUGUUGCAUCUUGGGUAGGUACCUUGUACCUUAGCCUUGCAUCAACCCAAGUCUUGAGAGAAAGAUUUAGUUGGCAAAAAUUAUGCAGAACACUAUCAGAUGGCUUAUACUUAUAAUUUAAAGAUCUAGUCUUAUCACUCCAUGACACACCAUGGUUUUUCUUAAAGGUUAUGCUAAAGGGACAUGUGUUGGUGGAAUACUCAGCCCCUCAAAAAUUCAAAGAACAAAUUGUUCAGUUCAUUCAAACUAGCAAAGUUUCAUUUAAUUACUUAUGUAUGAAUGUAUGUUUCUAAAUAAAUUAACCGAGAACAAAGCAACAUUAGCAUAAUAUAUUGUAAAAUUCUUAAACUUUUGUCAAAAACAUAUUUUUAAAUUUGCAAUUUUUAAAUUAUGUUUAUUUUUAAAACAUUUUACUAAAUUCAUUUGAUAAUGCAACAGUUAUAAAAGCACAAAAAAUACCAGAAAAUAAAACAAUUUCUCAACAAAAUGAUAAGCUAAAAUUUGAAUAAUAAAAUUAAAUUUAAAUAGUUCAAAACUCAAUUAUGUUAUAUUAGUUUCAAGAUAUUUCGUAGAAGUUGAUACUGAAAAACAUUAAUGUUUAAAUUUCUUAACUUAUAAACCAAGCAAUAUUGAAAAGAACUGGCUCUAACACAUUUAUUAUAAAUGCAUUUGCAUGCAUACAACCCAAACUUCUAUCCAAAGGUUCUACUUCUUAUCAUCUGACUCACAACUGCAGUUCAUUAACAUAUAGCUAAGUGCACAACUACAGUAGCAGUUACACCGGAACACAACAUCGAGAUACAUGUCACUACUUACAUACUGUGGAAAUGAUGGAUUAAACAAUGAAGGUAUUGUUAAUUUUGAAAAUAAAUGAAAAACAAAGAAAUGACAAGGACAAGUUUGCUGGUAUGUAUUUUAUACCAAGUACUGUCUCUCAUUGUCUCAAUAGACAUCAUUUACCAUGUCAAUGAAGAAGGCGCUCCUCAAACCUAUAUAGGAGACAUUGCUAUUGACUCAAACUUAUCACACCCUCUUACACAUCGUCAGGAUACUCUCAUUACAUUUACACAACUACGAAGGAAAGUGGCUAGUGGUUCUCAAUUAUUCAAUGUCACCAACUCUGGGAAACUAUACACUACACAAACAUUGGAUACUGAGUCUUUGUGUACAUACAACAAAGAAUGUUUUAAAAUUGUUAAAGUUGCAGUGAGGAAAGCAGAAACAUUUAUUACGGUUUUAAGGAUAAAAGUCAUCAUAGAAGACAUUAAUGAUCAUCAACCAGAGUUCCCAGAGGAUCUAAUUAAAAUAGAAUUUGGUGAAACUGAUGCAAAAGGAUCGACAAAAUCAAUACCAAAUGCUGUGGAUAAAGACAUUGGUCUUCUUAAUUCUAAGAUCACAUAUACACUCAAAGACAAAAGUAAGAAAUUCUCAUUAUCUAUAUCUAAUGAAUUUGAUGGAAUGAAUAUAUUGGAAAUUAUACUUGAAGAAAAAUUAGACAGAGAAUUAAAAGACACAUACAUGUUACAGUUGCUUGCAAAAGAUAGUGGCUCCCCACCAAAACAAGGUAUUCUGAACAUAGAAAUCUCUGUUACAGAUGUCAAUGAUAACAGACCUAUGUUUUCUCAACAAACAUACAAUAUUUCUAUCAGUGAUACACAUCAUAUCACCUCUCCUGUUUUUGUUUUAUCAGCAACAGAUUUAGAUUCUGGUCAAAAUGGUGACAUCACUUAUAACUUUCACCAAAAAACAAGGCCUUACAUUAAAACAAAUUUCAAACUGAAACCAAAUGGAGAGAUCCUUCUAAAUGAGAAUUUUUACAGAAAUAAGCAGCAAAUAUAUAAAUUAUAUAUUGAAGCAAAAGAUAAAGGAAGACCAUCUUUAAGUUCUACUGCCACACUAAUUAUCAAUGUAAUAAGCAAUCAAAAUAAUGCUCCAAUUAUAGAUAUAGAUUUUGUAUCCCCUUUAACAGAGAGUUCUACAGCUAUUUCAGAAGCAAGUAAAAUUGGGAGUUUUAUAGCUUAUGUUAUGGUCACUGACACUGAUAGUGGACCUAAUGGACAAAUUAAAUGCAAUAUUCAUCAUAAAAUGUUCCAGCUUUCUCAUAUGAGUUCUAAAGAAUAUAAAAUAUUGGUCAAAGAACCUCUUGACAGAGAAAUUAAAGACCACUAUGGCGUUUCUAUUGAAUGUCAUGACUUGGGAUCACCUCCAUUAAAGACUAAGAAACAGUUCUCUGUCAAAGUAACUGAUGUCAACGAUGUAGAACCACAUUUUACCAAAGAGACAUUCCAAUUCCUCACCUAUGAAAACCAGAAAGUUGACUUCCCUAUUGGCUUCAUCAAUGCUACAGACCCUGAUCUUGGAGAUGGAGGUCAACUUACAUAUUCUAUCAUCAAUGAUAACAACAAUCAUAACAUUCCUUUCCAACUGACAAAAUAUGGAUUUAUUUCUACAUCACAAUCAAUAGAUCGAGAAGUGAAGGACAUCUAUAAUUUACAGGUUUUAGUCAAAGACAAUGGAAUACCUUCUCUGAAUAAUACUGCCAAUAUUCUUAUAGAGAUUCUAGAUAAAAAUGAUAAUGCUCCAUAUUUUAUCUUUCCUAAAAAUGACCCUUACAAUCUAGAUGUCCACUACCAUCCACACAGUAAGAAGGACAUCACAAUUCUGAAAGCAUCUGACAAAGACACUGGAAACAAUGCUUUCCUCACAUAUGGAAUACUGAGAUCCAAUGAUAAAAACCUGUUUACAGUGAACUCACACACUGGUGUGUUAUCUUUCUCUCGCACAGUUUACCAAAAUGAUGCAGGAACAUAUGAGCUGCAGUUUAUAGUGAAAGACGGUGGUACUCCAGUUCAAUCAGCAACAACUGCUAUCAUACUAACACUGUUUGUUAGUAAUGAUACAUCUCCAAUGUUGACUGCUGUCCACUCAAAGUCUGGUAACAACCUUAAUAUGACUUGGAUAAUUAUCAUUGUAGCAGCAGCUGUAAUACUGUCUGUGGCUAUUGUAGUGUCAAUAACACUAUGUGUUUUCAGAUGUAUCAAUCACAUUAAUAAUUCAUCUACAACAACUGAUAAUCCAAAAUUUCUUUCAAGGACUGAAAUGAGGCAAAUAUUGUAUCAGACUAAUAAUCCUGUUGCAAUAACUAGAAAUGCAGAAGACAUAUUUAACAGAAAUCUUCAAUCAAUAAACCCAAAAUGCUCUUAUUACUCAGACAUGAAGCAGUCAGCUAAUGAAUGGAAAUUCUCAACUACCCCCAGAAAAUUACCACCAGUCCCAAUGCAUUGUAAUGAGGAUGAGACAAUGAGUUCAUCUGAACAAAAAUGUUAUAACAGCAGUAUUAUGACAUCAAAUAACCUGAAUGAUACAUUAUCUUCUCAUAAAGAACGGAAAUGUGGUUGGAGUGAUGGAGACAUUACACAUCAAACAUCUGGAGCAUCAGAAUAUGGCAACUACCGACCAAAUAUACUCCCGACCCCAAAGACUGUACAAGAGCAAGAAACGUAUCUGGAGCCAGUAUAAUGCAAACACAGUAACAUCAGAUUUACUUUUUAAUAACCAAAGAAUCAACCCCUCAAAUAAUUCAAUAGUGUAUUAAUAACAUUCCAUAUAGCACUGUUUUCAAUUAAUCUUUUAUUGAAAACUCUUUAACAAAUACUGAAGUUAUAAUUUUCCAAUGAAGGUCAUAGGGCUGAUGCUAAUUUUGGUGAGGUUUUCACUACUUUUUAUUAAGUAAAGUAUUUUUAGUAUUAGCAUUAUAUUAUACAUUGAUAAUACUAAUAGAUUUCAGUAGAGCUAUAUUGUGAUGAAUGAAAAUAACUGCAGCAACUCUUUUCUUGAAACUGGAAUACAAGUAUCCUGAGACAAGGUACAUAACUCUUCUAGAGCUUCAAAUACUGAAGCAGUAUGCCGUCUUUACAUUCUGAGUUUAAAUUCCGCCAAGGUCGACUUUGCCUUUCAUCCUUUCAUCUUUUGUGUACUGGGGUCGAUGUAAUCGACUGACCCCCUCCCUAAAAAUUUCGGGCCUUGUGCCUAGAGUAGAAAAGAAUAUAUAUUUUCCUUUGAUGACAUUUUACCUGUCAAGAGCAAAACAUGACUUUCUGCAUAUAUAUAUAUAUAUAUAUUCUUCCAUUUGACAGCAUGAAUUUCCACAUUUUCAAACAGACUUCAAACUAAGAAGAUAAUGCCUAAAUAUGGCACUAAAAUAAAAUGACAAAAAAUCAUAGAAUCAAGCUCAAUGAUUUUAAAACUAUGGACAUAAUAAUUUUUUACAUGAGAAUUAUAGAAGGCAAUCUUUAUAUAAACAUAGAUGAGUAGAUAUGCCUCUAGCAAAGAUAUUGGUAAAGUAAAGGAAAAUGAAUCUACACUAUUCUUCUUCUUAACAUUAAAAUUAUCUUUCAAAUAUAGCAUUUUAUCUAAAUAUCAUUGCAUUUAUUUAUUAUUGUAUAGGUUUUGUUGGAAGAAAUGUUAAUGUAUCAAAUGUAUCUAGCCUUAUUACAAAUGAGAUAUGAAAAGCAAUCCCAAAUACACAUAACCACACAUACAUUCACAUAUUAAAUAUAUUUUAAAAACAUUUUAAAUACAUUUAUGAAUUCACAUUUCAUUGGAACUCAUUUUUGAAAUAUGACUGCAAUUUGUGAACAACAGCAGCAGUUACAGAAGAAGACUCCUACGAGAUACAUGUUUUUCUUCUUUUACGACAACAACAAAAGAUUAAACAAUGAAGCAUUAAGAUAAGAAUGUGGCAAUGAGUCCUGCUGAUCAAAAAUGUUACGGUAGUAUUGAAACAUCAAACAACCUUAGUGAGACAUUACCCUGGAACAAAGAAUGGAACUAUGUCUAGAAUAAAGGAGACAUUAAAAAUCAAGCAAUGGGAGCAUCA